CUCAACUGAGGGACUGAGUGAGUGAGUGAGACACAUGGUGAUCAAGAGACACGGCGAGCAGACAGAAGGGCAUGUGACGGUGAAUACUUUGUAGGAAGUAGGUGAAAAGUGACAAUUCUACGUUGUAUGGGAGGCUACAACAACCUGUGGAGAUGGGAAGUACAAUCCCCCCAGGAAACCUCAAUGUGAGUGCAGGGAUGAUCAACUCCUCCUCAGAAGGAGCCACGAGCAAGGAGGGCUACAGUGAGGCAACAAUGAUCCUGCUGGGCAUGGUUAUGUCUUUGCUGGUUUUGUGCAUCGUCUUUGGAAACAUCCUGGUCAUCACAGCGAUCGCACGUUUCCAACGUCUUCAAAAUGUCACCAAUUGCUUCAUCACCUCCCUGGCCUGCGCUGACCUGGUCAUGGGUCUCAUUGUGAUUCCUUUCGGUGCCUGUUAUAUCAUCUUUAAGACCUGGCACUUCGGCAGUUUCUGGUGUGAGUUCUGGACUGCGACUGAUGUGCUCUGUGUGACAGCGAGCAUCGAGACCCUGUGCGUGAUAGCUAUAGAUCGAUAUCUGGCCAUCACUUCACCUUUCAGAUACCAGUCCAUGCUGACCAAGUGCAGGGCUCGCAUCGUGGUCGUCCUGGUGUGGGUGAUCGCUGCCUUGAUAUCUUUCCUGCCCAUUCACAUGAAGUGGUGGAUAUCAGAUGAUAAGGAAGCCAAGGAGUGCAUCGCGAACAGCAGCUGCUGUGAGUUCUACACCAACAUGGCGUAUGCUAUCACCUCCUCCAUUGUCUCCUUCUACAUCCCUUUGGUCAUCAUGGUUUUUGUCUAUAGCCGUGUUUUCCAAGAGGCCAAACGUCAGUUAAAGAAGAUUGACCAAAGUGUUGGACGCUUCCACAACAGCGACAACAGCAACCUCAAAUCUCUAGAGGCCAGCAACGGGCGCAGCCAAAAGAAGGCUAAGUUCUGCCUGCGGGAGCACAAAGCCCUAAAGACGCUGGGCAUCAUCAUGGGGAUCUUCACAUUGUGCUGGCUGCCCUUCUUCCUCCUCAACGUGCUGGUGGCCAUAUGGAAGGAGCUCCACCAUGACCUCACCUUCAGGAUACUCAACUGGAUAGGUUACGCAAACUCGGCUUUCAACCCGCUCAUUUACUGCCGAAGCCCCGAGUUCAGAUACGCAUUUAAGGAAAUCCUCUGCAUGAAGAGGCACCGCCUGGGUAACUCCGGUCCUGUGAACGGCUACAUUUACAGCAGGCACAGCUGGCAGAGCGAGCAGCAAGGCAGGAGUAAGGGCAACUCGGAGGACAGUGAUGCCAAUGAAGGGUGUCUGGGGAAGGGGGCUGAGGUCUGCAGUGUUGUGGACAGAUCAGUGGACCCCAAUGGGAAUUGCAGCAAAGGUUUAUCAACCGUAACGACUGUCCUUUAAAACUCUGAGACUUGGACGACCCAGACAUGUUUACACUGCUUUCAAAAACUUUUUUUUCCGAUUGACUAAUGGCUGUAAAGCCAGUUGAGCCACCGAUGGAAUCUCUAGAGACCGCUUUGGAGAAACUGAAACGCUCAAAUGAGGAAAAACAGACUAAAUACUGUAGGUAGAUCACUUCUCUUUUUGUUACACUUUAAUUCCCAUCUACCUCAUUCAAUGCUAUUUUUCAUUUUUGUUUCUUAACCAAGUUCACAUUAAUUGCUGGCCACAGGGUAUCUCUGCUACCUUUUAAAACUGGUCUGUGCAUUGUUUAAUUCCAUUUAAAUUCCCAGGCUUGAUCUCUUAUCUUUGCGUUCUUGGCAAAAUAUCUCACAACAAGCUUAAAGUUGUUUGAAAUUCAAAUGAAAAGCUGUCGGCGGCUGUGCAGCAAAUUCUAUUCAGGCAUGCCAAGCCAGUAUGGAAAGUGAGUUCAUAUUUCCAUCAGAAACAAGGACAUGCUUUUUUUGGCAUUUUUGCUCAAAGUAAUGCAUUCCAAAUUAACCAAACUUAUAAUUGGCUUAAUCUUGGUUCCAACUUUUUGACAGAUGCCUCGGUGUUAAAGAUGAUUUAAAAGCAGCUUUAGCAGAACCCGUCUCUCUUCUUUCUCUCUCUCUUCUCACUGCUCAGAAAUGCCAUGAGGCCCCGCUCCCCCCUCUGAGGUUUUACAGCCUGUUGCGGGGAGUUUCUGGUGCCAGCAGACAGCACCAGAGAUAUGAAAUUAUCUUCAUCUCCCUGGUGUGAGCUGAGAAACGCCUGAGGCCAUCCUCUGUAGGUUUUAAGAAAAAGCUGGCAAGUUUUCAUAUGUUGUAUCAGCCUGAAGGCAUUUGAUAUCUCUAUGUGUAAAGCAGAUGGUGUAACAGGGCUUAAGCAUGGGUAUUGACCCCCAAAGCUUAUGGGGUUUUUUACUUCUGCAAAUCAAUCAGUCAUAUAUUCCAAUCCAUAAGAUGAUUAUUCAACAUUGAAACCAGUUUACAAGAUAAUCUGACAAUGCAAGGCAUAAAGGGCCACAUUCACCAACAACUUCAUAAGAUUUUCCUUAAAUCUGCUCUUUAGAAAUCUUUGAGAAAUCCAUGCCACAUUUAUGACGUGUCCUUAACCUGAUGGAUUGUUCCUUCUUAUGUUCCUGGCUGGAUGGAUGCUAUGUCCUUGUAAGCUAGAAGCCUAUGCAUGUUUUCCCAAUUAGCACUGAGAGUGCAGGGCUGUUUGCAAACAUAGGAGGUACACAAGAGUAUAUAUAUAUAUAUAUAUAUAUAUAUAUAUAUAUAUAUAUAUAUACAUUUUCAAUCACUACUAUACCCAGACUUUCUUUAUUUAAUUGCAAUUGAUUGCAUCCAUUUUGUCCCAUUUUAAAAUUACAGUUUUUUGCAACCUACUGUCUUAUCUGUCUUAAAGUGAAAUGGGACAUUAAGGGGCAGUGGUGGACUUAUUUUACAUGUCUAUUGUUGCAGGGAGUCACUGAAGUGUGACAAAAGGCCUAAAAAGCACGCGAUUAAUGGCAUUAAUAAAACUACAUACACACACACAUAUAUAUAUAUGCACAUAUAUUAUGGUCAAGAUUAAUUGAGUUAAUUGAAAUCAAUGAAGGUCCGCCAUUUGUGCAGUAUUUUAAUCGUGAUUAAUUGCAUGAUUAACUGUCCCUUACACUUUGGUUGAGGCAUUUCAGCGUCACCCUGCAGCCACAGUGAUGUAAAAUAAAUCCACCACAGCUCCUUAAUCUCUCAUUUCACUCUAAAAUUCAAAAACAGCUCAGUGGAAGUCAAAGUCAUCUGACCCUUUUUUAUAUUCUUUUAUUUCAUUUUCAAAUCCUGACAAAUGCUUUUCCAAUCAAGUUCACAUUAAACUCUUCAGUCUACCAAUAAAAGCAGGUCUGAAUUAAAACAGGAUGUCAAAUACCCCUCAUUUAAGUCAUAAGAAAAACUAUUCAAUUCAUUACAGUCAAAAAUUUUAAUCUUUUGAAAGCCCUUAUACACAAAUAUAUUGGGUGCACUUGUGCAAACUUAACUAGCGGAUACCACAGAUUAUAUUGAGUCUUUAAAAAGAAUUAUAAGAUAUAUACCAAUGAAUGUGCAGAUUUAAGUUGAGCCAUUGAACAUUUUUUGGGGGCUCAACUUAAAUAGCUGCUGCAACUAUUUUUUCUCAAGCCCAGUUAAUUGUAUAUUUCUGUUGGAAAGUUUUCUGCAAACUUGACCUUUUAGCUUGUUAUGUUAUGUCAACUAAGUGACAACAUGAGGUGUUAAGUUGGGGCCGUUACUUAAAAAAAACUGUAAAAACUGUUUCAUGUUGGGCCCUCAUAUUAAUUUCUAUAGUGUAAUUUGGCAUAUUUGAGUGCUGCUAAGUGCAAAAUUAACCAUGCUGUCUUAUCUUAUCAGCAUUCAUAUGUGUAAGAGUGCUGAAGCGUGCAUAAAAACCCUAUAAGUGGGUUUAAAGAACAAAUUUGACUCUUAAAAAUGGUCGGUGAAUGUGGCCCAGUGUUUCCUGCCCCCUCCUUAUGCCAGAGGCAGCACUGAGCUGUUACACAAGCUCUGUUUAUUUAUCAUGUUUUGUGGUUGCUGUGCGUCAGAGUUUACUGAAACCAUGAGAAGCCGUUUCCUUAGUCAUGGCACAGGGGCACAAACCACCCACAACAAUAAACAGGGCAUCUCGAUAACCAAGUGAUAACAAAGUUCCAGUCGUGUCAGUGGUGACUUCUCAGGCCAAUAAACUGAGAUGAGAAAACCUGCACCUUGGCUGCUGCUAUCUGACAUUUCCCAAAGGCUUUUCACUGUAAACGGAUGUGUUUAUCUUUAUCAUAUCUGUCUGAGUCUCCUCACUGUAAACCAGCAUGUGUAUCUUUAUGAAAUCAGUCUGGCAUUAGGAUUAGGAAGGAGUCCGCUGAGAGGGGUCUCAGCAGUGACAGAUUUUUUUCUUCUGUCGUUUUCUGUCUCCUAUUUGGAUGCUGCUUGAUGUCUAGCCCUGGGAAACACACAUACCAACCAGAACCAAACCCAGUAAACACAAAUCAAGUCAUUAUCUUCACAGCCAAGCUGCAGAAUCAGAUAACUCGGAUGUAUUUGAAACAGAUUGGUACAUUCUUGAUAAUAAGGCUUUGAAUUUGCAGGUUGCGAUGAGAUCUAAUAUCUUGAAUGUCCAUUAGGAGAGUCAUUCUUUGACUUAUGCAAGCUUUAAUGGACAGUUAGCUUUCACAUGCAGGGCUUGAAUUGGAAAUAUCCAAUUUUAUAGCACUAAAUGCCUAACAUGAUCAUUACGCUCACUUGCUGCUGCUGCUGCAGAUGUAAACCUAUUUCCACACAUGGUUCCUCACGUGUUCUGAUCAAAGUGACAGCACGCUAAAUGUGGCGACUGAAGGCCGGGGAGGGGGGGCAGGGAUAUUGUGCCAGUCUAAAUCUGUGUUAGUGACCUGUGUUUUAGUGCUUCGCCUCUAGUGUUAAGUAAGCUGACUUGGUCAAAACUGUGAACUUUGAUCCCUCAGAAGAACUUUCAUGUACUGUACCUGAAUCCGUUGGUUUGUUGAGCGACCUUGUCAAAGGCCUCAGGAGCUGACGUAACCACUGUGUCAUCAUACGUCAAUGUUUGCUAUGUGAAAAAAAGCUUUCCACUCUGUUUUUCUUUUUCACUGCUUUACAGCAAAGUAAAUCAAGGGGUAGGAUGUCAUUACAAGUUUUUUAUUCACUGUACAGAAAAAAAAACACAAAACAGAUAAAGAAGGAAGGUUUUUAUGCAUGUCUCUUUCAUUUUUUUUACACAUAAUUAAUCCAAGCAGUGAUGGAUAAGCUCCUGAAAGGUUUUUAGGCAGCUUUAAAGCAGACUCAUAGGCCUCAGGCAAAGGUAGGACAUUAUUUUAGUAGACGUAUCUAAUUCGAACAAAGGCAAAGUUAGGAGUAAUAUAAAGCACAAUUAAAACCAUCAGCCUAGUGGUUGUUUUUUUGUUCGUUUGCUAUCAUAGGCUGCAAAAUGGUACUGAGUAAUCCUGAAAUAUCUCACAAGAACCGAAAGCUGCCUUUUCCCCCAUGUGACAGAGCUGCAUAACUAGAUAUUUCUUAAUUUUGUCUCUCAGCGCUCAUACUAAUAAGCAAGAGAGACAGAGUGAGAGCAAUUAUGCAAAGCAUUUGACUGAAAAGAAACAAAAUCCUCAUUUGAUCAUCCAUCCUUAUGAAUCUCAGUUUACCAGUGAGGACUGCAGACUGCAGCCGCUGUCAACAAAAAUACGCUGCUUCAUACAAACAGCCCCAACAUGUGAACAUCCAUGUCUGCUUAUCACUCGCCACCAACCGGAUGUGCCCUUACAGCUCUAUUGCAGACAGGUCGGAGGCCACAUCUGUGUGAAUAUUUUAACAUAAUGAAGUCUGCAUGAGCUGCUGCUCACCUUUGAAGUUACAAAACAACUUUAAAACUAAAUAAUAAAAUGUGAAUUUAUGCAGCUGAAUUUAACACAUCACUGAACGUUUGAAGGUUGUUAAAGAAUGACUUGUGUUAACUUUAAAUUUAAAAGAGCAAUUUCAGCUCUAUUUUUCUGAGUUAAUAGAACACAUUAUUAGUUUCAAGUAAACAGCUGUCCAUUAUUCUAAGUAUUUUUGGAGCUGUACUCGAAGUAUUUGACAAUCAUCCCUCAAUCUGCAGUUUUCCCAAAUGCCAUUUGGGCAUUAGACACUUUUGCACCAUGAGUGAAGUUACUGACUCAGUUAAAGCAACAACUAUACCCAAUAAGUGGUACACUAAACAUUAUAGAGGAGGACUUCCUGUCCAGUGUGCAUCUUUUAAUAAUCCUUGAGUGGCAUAAACGUUCAAAAUCAAACUAUGUGGCAAAAUUAGGUAAAGUUGCAUCUGAUGAAGUACAUUAAGCUUAAAUACUUAAAAAUGUUGUUUUGAUUCUGAUUUAAACAGAAUUUUAAAGUGUAUGAAAAUCUCCACAGUGUAGUUUGACUUUAAAGAGUCAAGUAAACCAAACAUUAAUGUACGCAUAAUGAAAACUCAAAAAAUGUAGAUCCAAGUGAAGAAGGUGCCAGAAGGCAAAACUUGCAUCGAGGUAGAUUUUUUUUAUUGUCUGUGCAAUGUCAGAUUUUAAAAAAGGCCUCAAUAUUACCUGAUGACCAACAUAUUCACAUGGCACCUUCCCACUCUUAAAAUUACAUUUUCUUUAUCAGUACCUCCAUCUCCAGGUUCUUUCCUUCCCAAUACUUUUAUUACUUUUAUUCAAAUGCUUGUUUUUCAUUCUGGACCAAUACUUAAUCAAAAAUCAACCAUUUACAUGGCCAUAUGUUUUUUUGUUUGUUUGUUUGUUUGUUUUUUGUUUGUUUGUUUUUGGUGUUGUCAGAUUAAAAACAGACAAACAAAAAUGUCCCAAAUCACCUCUGAUUAAUAGAAAAAAUCAUGCCACCAUCCACUUAGUGAAACUAGCCCAUACCAAGCUGUAACUACAACCUCUGGCUAUAUAUUUUUUUUUUUUUUUUUUUUUUUUUGCUGAUGUCCACUUCUUCAAGAACAAAAAAAGGAAUUGAAAAGAUGAUAUGAGCUAAUAUUAUGAGGCUGAAGUUACCAUAGCAUUUGCAGUAACAGCUGACAUGCAUAAAUGUUAUGUAACAAAGUGGGCUACAUGGUGAUUAUACAUGCUGUAACAAACUUAAAGAAUGAGGACAAUGGAACAACAGUAUUUGUUUAGUAGCAGGAAAAAGUCAUUUUAAUUUAUAUCAACUUAAAUUUACUCAUACAUUUAUGUUGGGUGAACUUGACUUUUUUAAGUUAAACUAAACUGUGGAAACCUUCCUACACUCACAAUUCCUUUAGAUUAAAAUCAAAACAAUGUUUAAGAAUUUGUUUGUAAAGCUACGUUUUUACACUGAAAUUUUCCUUAAUUUUUAUCACAUACUUAUACAUUUAUGCUGCUCAAUGUUGGCCAACCUGUGUGUCUACAGGUAUCAGUAAAGAGCGGGUCAGACUACACAUAUUCAGCCAGAUUUUAGCCCGAUUGCAACAUCACAGCUCAUGGUCAAAACUCGGGCCCGAUUUAGAGCGUCAGGAACGAAAAAUGAUCUUGUAGUGUGACAUAAUCAAUGAUGCGUCCAAGAUGCCCCAUGACCACAAUUUACCAAGAUUAGCAUGUCGGAAUUUUUCUUACAUCGUCGUCCAGUUUGACACACUGACCCAACGUCAACGACGCGAAUCCUAAUGUCUAACAAUAGGAGAGCAUUUGCUCCUCAUCUUUGCAUCAAUAUUUACUAGAUUAACUACUUUUUAUCCCCUUUUACUCCCUUAAACUCCCUAAAAAUGUGUACAUUUUAUUUUAUUUUGUUUACGUUAUCACUUGCAUACCUUAAGUCCUAUUUGAAGGACAGUCAGUCCAUACUGUUCUCCUCUUGACACAUCCAUAACUGUUAUCCAUAAGCCAAUCUAUCAUUGUUUCUUAUUUCCCUUUUUUAUGAGCAAAAGACCGCUACAGUCACAUAGAGCGCUUCUGUUGACAGACACUCUUUGACCUGGCCCCUGUCAACCUGCAAACUUGAAAGUGGGAGACAAUGGUUACGUCUUGUAGUGUGGCCUAGUUGUCAGCCAAGACGGGGCAAGAUUUUUGUUGUAUAGUCUGACAUGAUUCUGUUGUGAACGACCAAAAAUAUUGUGUAGUCUGAGCGGGACACUGAAGUAGGAAGCCCUCUUUCAUCAUGCUCAGUAUGCCAACUAUUGGACAUUUUGAUUGAAAUUACUUCCCAUAGGCGGGACUUCUGUAACUGAGUCAGUAACUUUGCUCAUGGUGCAAGAAGUGUCUUAUGCCCAAAGACAUUCUGUGUACAUUUGCACAAAAUAAUACUCAAAGUGAUUGACUUUAGUUUACUUGAAUCUUAAAAUGUGUGUUUUUCAUAAAGUUGGCAAAACAGACCCAAAGUGUUUGGUUUCUUAAUUCAACACAACUCAGGUAUUUCAGCAAUGUAGAGCUGCUCAAGUGGGACUUCUCUAACUGAGUCGGUAACUUCACUCAUGGUUCAAAAGUGUCUAAUGACCAAAGGCAUUCUGGGAAUUCACUGCAGAUUAAGGGAUGAUUGUCAAGUAAUUUGACAAAAUGUAAAUGUAACAAAAAUGAUAUGUUCUAUCAACUCAUUAAAACAGAGUUAACAUAACGGUUUCAAAUAUUUUAAUUAACACAACUUAUUUUUAACAACCUUCAACUGCUCUGCCUUAAAGUGUAGGAAAAAAUGUAAAAGUCCUUGUAAAUCUUAUUUGCAUUGAGCUGACAGAGUGGUCUGCCAUAUAGCUUAAUCCAUAGGAGACAUUUUGCUAUGCUUAUGUGAGUUUUAGGAAACGGGAUAAAAUACACUCCAUUCUCUGGCUUGUCAGGAUACCUUGUAUCAGUGUUUCCUUUACCCAUGCAAAUGGAUGGCCCAUUUCUCUGAGUUGUAUAAUUUUCAGUAAAACCACAGGAAAAUGAUUUUUUAUGCUUUUCUAUAGGGGUCUAUGAGACGGAUGUCUGAGUGCACUGUGGAGUCGAGAAAAAUGUGAUUGGCUUGCUGCAUUUGAGGGCGGUGCUUAGCAUCAGUUAGUCAGUUCAGAAUUAUAUCCAAAAUCCAGUUUGCUUGAUUCUUUUAAUUGCAAAAUUUUCACCUUUGCCAAGACAAUUGCCCUCUCUUCUUCCUCCAGCCCAUGACACACAGCCACAUCUGCUAAACAAAUUUGCAAAUUUGUUUAUUUAUUCAAAAUAAAGGCCUGAGGAUGAUCACAAUCAAAAUGAAUGCAGAAAACUCAAACGACCAGACAAAAGGUCAACAAGGGUACACGGGCUAAUGCUUGUAGAAUUUGACAGUAUGUGGUACACAAUGCUGGGUCAAAAGGUCAGGAUACAAAUAACAUGUCUAACUUAGACGCUUGCAUGUCUUUGAUUGUUUGUGGUAAUGUGCUUGUGGACUCUGGUGCCAUUUCCUUUCCACAGUGAUUUGUUCAGGUUCAAGUGGGGCAGGUUGUGAGCGGUACGUCCAUACUGCUCUCUCCUGGCGGUGGUUCCUUCUUGCACCUCAGCUGCCUCACAGUUCUGACCUACUUCAUGAUACACCUUUAAGGAAUGAUAUUCAUGUCUUCACCUUCUCAUGCUAUAGGAUGUAACCCAGUUUUGUGUGUCUUGAAUGUUAAGCUGACAGAAUGACAUUCCAUGCUUGGAGGAGGGUUUGGGACCAUAUAUCACACGUCUGCUGAUGCACUGAAUGAACAUUCAGUUCCCAGAAUGAAGUAAGCCUGAGGUUACUGAUCUUCUCCGGUGACAUACUUAAACCAGCUCUGCUAACAGGACAGGGUGUUUGACAGGUGGAGUCUGGGUUAAGACAUCUUCAAUGAUCUUGUAAAAUAGUUGACAUAUACAGCCAUGAUCACUUUAUUAGGUACACCUAUCUCCUUGGUUUGAACUUCAGCACAUCUUUUUGACCAUGUCUACAAACCUAAACGCACCAGUUUGCUGCCUUGUGAUUGGCUUAUUCGAUAUUUGCAUUGAUGUGUUGGUAAAUCAAAUAGCGUGAUUGGUGGGUGUAUUCUCAUCAGGAUUCAGGUGGGCUAAACCUAAUGCUAAUGCUGUCAUUUGUGGACAAUUGCUCCUUUCCAAGCCACUCACAUCCUCACAAGAAAAGCUCCACUUUGAAACUUAAAGCAGCACUUUAAAGCACUUUCAUGGUAAAGGUUUGAAGAACUGAAUCCAUCUUUGAGUUCAUGGACUAUAAAUAAUUCAGAGCUUGAGAGUUUUUACCCUUGUUUGUACCUUAACAUUUUUUUUGCAGAAGUUCUACUUCCUGUUUGGAACAAAAAAGAAAAAAAAGAGACACAAGAAACUUGGCACAGAUGUUGAACUGAUGCAUGUCAAUGUGAAUUUUAUAUCAAAGUUGAAUAUUGAUUUAAAAGUCAUAUGAGAAUAAAUCUAUUACAUGUGAAGCUUUCUUCAUGGCCGGAGUGAAAAACCUCAGCUGAAUGUUUACUUAAUGUUUGCCAGCUUUUUUCGCACAACUUUUUGUCACUGUUAAAAUAUUGCCUGUUAAAUGUGGUGUCUUAUUGUAUUUAUGAA